UCGCUAAACGAUUUAUUCAGAAGUUUCUUAAUAAAUCGAAGCGAGGAUUGAAUCAAAUUUACUGGACCUAGCAUCGAUUUGCCCGUACGGUUCAUUUGGGAAUGGCACACGAUGGCUACCAUUCCAUUUCCGGUCGCAGUAAUUGCUGACCGAAAUAUCGCGGCCUCUGUACACGUGCGCAGCUCGACACUUCCGAUUGCACUUCCAUUUGCACGGAAGGUUUCUUAGACACCCACACGAUCUUCAUCCAAUAUUCAUGCAUUUCCACCUAAGCUCUAUUUUACGCAAGAAAAAGAGAGAAAAUAGUAUUGCAAGCAAAUAGAAUAAUCGAUUCUUUUCUCGCAACUAUGAAUAGAGCUCUCAUUGAUGUUCACCGCAUAGCUCCGUGCGAAAAAAAGAAAGUCGAGAGCUCUUAUUUCGCAGACUUCUGCUAGCUGUGAAGCUCCUUUGUGCAUCCUUCUUUUCAUCGCGAGACACGGACCAAGAAACGUCCACGAUGUCGCAUUAAAAUGUAAUACGACGCGCCGCGUGUUAAGGUUCGUUCACAAUUAGCUCGUCUGAACGAACCGCUGAUCUUAGACUUCGUACGUGACGAUCCGUAAAGAAGCGAAACCGAAACCCGAAUUUUCCUCGGUUUUGAGAAAGAACGCCAGCCGUAUAAGGAAACGCUGAUUGAAAGGGGAAUAUAUUUUUCCCCUUUGUUCCGAAGCAACUGUUCUCGGAAGCUUUAAUAUCGUUCGAAAUCACCGCUUUCAGUGAUCGUUUCAGUUCAUUUGGAGGAAGGCAGACACGCCGCGUUAUGAUCACGGAACGAUAAAGUUUUCGUGAAAAUGUUACGAAUGCUGGAGUGCUCGCGUAAGGGGGAGCGGAAAAGUUGCAUGAAAAACGACGAUAGUUCGACAAAGUUUCGACCUCCCUUUUUGCCAAAGUUAUAUCCUUCUGGUCGAUACGCGCGCGUGCCUCGGCCAACUAGUAAAACUGACGCCCGAUUUUCCGGUAAAUCUGCUGUCUUUUAAAGAAAAUACUGUCAAGAUUCGUUUCAAAAAUAUUUUCAAAGCGAUUUUAUAUAUUUUUUUUUUUUUUUUGUAUAGCUGUCGAUCAUCGACCUGGAAUUUAUUCCCUUUUGAACGAACGUCCUCGAGAUGUCUAUCAAUUUGCCAGACAAGUCGAUCUAUGUUUAACUUGAUCCAAAAUUCCAGCUAUUCGUCAACAUCUUUCUUUAUUGGAUUUUAUAUUCUUUCGUCAUAGUCUUCGAUAAUAAAAAUGACAGACUGUGUAAACGGUAAUUAGGCGGUGUUCGUUCAGUUGCAAUAAUCUCGAAAAACGCUUUAUGGUUUACGCAAUAAGUCUCUCAAACACCUGUCAAAUACUCUUAUAAAGCGAGCCUCUCGACUAAAAACCGAUUAAACAGCCAGUGAAAACAGUCGAAAUUAACGCUUCUCUUACGAUGAGGAUACCUUCAAUAUUUUUCUUCCUCUUCGCGCUUCAUUGCAUUUGUCUGUUCUCGAGUGCCAACUGCAAGGAACAAUUGAUUCGAGAUGAAAAUUCCGGGCAUCUGAAUCCAAACCCGCAGAACUCGCUAGUCCACGGCCGAGUAAUUACCUCGAGAAAGGAACCUGUGGCGAACAACGGAGCGUUUGACAAACUUCCGACAUCUCGUUGGAAAAACUUUGGUCAGAAGUCCAGCGAUGAAAUCACGUGGAAAAAUCAGCGAGUUCGCAGUUGCCUGAAGAAUAAAAACGCGACAUCUAGUGACAAACUUCGCUUGACCAUCUUUCCACAAGCAGAUAUCGGUCGUCUCGAAGAAAACGGGCAACUUUUCCCUCGAAAAUUGAAUCGGAGAUCGGCGCAAUCGGCACAGACGAAAAAAGAAAAACGAGACACUCGCGAAUCCGGAUUUCCCAGGCAAGCUUUCGAUCUGAACGGCAAACUUAACCCCGAUCCGCCUGCCUUUAGUUUCUUUGUUUUGUUUUCCAGUUGGGAUGGCGGCAAGGAUCAACACUCCGGUAAGCGACAAGCGGAUGCUGAAACUUUCCAAGAGAAAGAAGAGAGGCGAGCGAAAAAUCAUGAAGCUCGUGUUGGCAGUCAACGUGCGUUUAAUCUAUCGGAUUUAUUGCCAUUCAAAAAUGGACACUUGGAGAUGGUUGGUCUGCCGGGUCAACCUAUUAGGAAGAUUUUUGGCUUUUUCUUUAACGCGAUUAAGCAGAAACCAAAGAACGGUGGUGAGAAUGAGAAUCAACAGUUGCAUAUCAUAGGUUGAUAUGGAAAUUGUUCGAAUACGGAAGAGACACGUUGAAGAAUACAAUGGAAAACGCAGAAACUGCGAAGGUUGGUAUUCACAAAGCGGCGAGAGUCGGAUCAUCGUCUAUAAACUUUGACGCAGGGAAACCAUAAACUGUUAUUCGUUGCAUAUAUACGUAUUGUUAGCUUAAGCAGUGGCCCGUUUGAUCAAAGAAUAAAUAGAUCGAUGAUUAUAA